AUGACAAUUGGAAAUGAGCUUUCCUGGCAACCAGGAUCAAGCGAAAAGCGUCCAUCAUGGCCCGAUCUGAUAACCAUCGACAUUCAAUACACACCCUCAACUCCGUCCGGGAAAUGGCUCUUUGUUGACCGCUCUGAUCGCGAUGAAUACGAUCGCUAUGAGUCCUCAGAUUCCGAUCCACAUGAUGAAUUUCCGGAAUACAUGAGAACGGUACUCGAAGAUCGUAGCGGCAAGCCUUUCCGAGAAGUCAGUGUACCGGGUCUCUUCAAUGAGUUGUAUAUGGCUGUGGGCCAGGCAGCGUUAUUUAUGCCAAAACUGGAAUUUCUGAGCAUGGAAACGGGCUCAUGUUGCAUAUUAUAA